AUGAGCGUCCGUUGCAGUACUCUCAGCCCUCAUAAACCCACUCUCACAGAAGAGAACCUACCAGAUCAAGCUGGAAAGGUCUUUCUCAUUACCGGUGCCUCUGGUGGUAUAGGCACGGAGCUAGUCAAGAUUCUCUACUCGAAGAAUGCCAAGAUCUGGCUCGCUGCUCGCAGCUAUUCUAAAACACAGGCUGUCAUCAAUGAGAUUAGAGUUGCUCACCCAACUUCAACUGGGGAGAUGGUCUUCUUGAAACUCCAGCUAGACGACUUACCCACGAUCAAGGAAUCAGCGCAGCAGUUUCUUUCCCGAGAGAACCGGCUAGAUGUGCUUUGGAACAACGCCGGUGUGAUGGUCCCACCUCAGGGGUCUACGACUGUACAGGGACAUGAAAUGCAGCUGGGCAUCAACAAUCUUGGUCAUCAGCUCUUCACGCAGCUAUUGACUCCCCUCUUGGAGAGGACGUCGCAGAUAGCACCACACGACUCGGUUAGAGUCAUAUGGGUGUCAUCAAGUGCAGCUGAUGGUGCGCCGCGCCCGGCCAUCGACUUUUCCAACAUGGACUACCAUAAAGAGGAGGGAAUUUGGUCCAAGUACUCCAGAAGCAAGGCUGGGAACGUGAUCCAGGCGGCGGAGUAUGCGCGUAGGAUGAAGGGAAGCGGCGUUCUCAGCUUGUCAUUAAACCCCGGCAACUUUGUUACCAACCUCCAGCAAAAUAUGCCAAAAAUGCAAUUGGCGAUGUUUAAACUCAUAUCGCAUCCGCCAAAGAAUGGUGCAUACACUGAGCUGUUUGCUGGGUUGGAUCAGUCCAUCACUUCGGAGGACAAUGGUAGCUGGGUUUCCCCAUUUGGAAAGAAGGAAGAGCCCCGGAGAGACCUCAUCGACCCCGAGUUGGGUGCGAAGUACUGGGAAUGGUGCGAAGCCCAGGUCAAGCCCUUUUCUUGA